AUGUCUUCUAUGAAAGGAGUGAUGCGCUUUGGGAAGAAAGGGAAGUUGUCACCACGUUUUGUCAGUCCUUUCAUGAUUACGGAUCGAAUUAGAGCGGUAGCCUAUCGCUUAGCAGUUCCGGACAAUAUAGAUCGUGUCCAUCAUGUGUUUCAUGUUUCCAUGUUACGAAAAUUUUUGCGCGAUGAGGAUCGUUAUCAGCAUAUAGAUGUUGGUGAGAUUGAGUUACAGCCGGAUGUAACAUAUGUGGAGUUACCGUGGCGUAUUGUAGACCGUCGGGACCAAAUUUUUCGCAACAAGGUCAUCACUUAG